AUGGUAGGCCGACAAAGUUGCAGCAGGCGAAGAACAAAUCAACGGAACUUAUCAGAAUUUGAACUUGUUAAAACUAGUUUAUCGUAUGCUGAGGAGCCGAUGCUGAAGAAGGCCUGCAAACCACGGGCAUCACAAGCUAAAACAGUGUCAACCAAACAGCCAGUUGAUGAAUAUUACUUGGUUCGACUGCCAUUAGAGAUUCAACCUUUUGUAAAUGAAAUUGAAGACGUAAAAACGGAUGGACAUUGCGGGUACUGGGUUGUGGCCAAACAACUGAAAUUGUUGACAAAGAAUGUAGAAGCACCAUGGAGGUAUGUACGACAAAAGAUGGUAAAAAAUCUAAAAAAGAUGAGGCUUUUCUAUCAAUCGAUGUGGGAUGUCAAGGGGUUUAAAGAUAUAAUGGAGAAUGUAGACUUCCCAAUCAGUGGUGUUGAUAUGGAUGUCAAAUACUGGAUGACUUUGCCGGAAGCUGGUUUUCUUAUAGCGGAGACCUUCACAACCGUCGUUGUUAUAUAUAACAAGCAUGGCAGCAAUACUUUUGUGCCGAACCAUGUUAAACCUUCCACUAGGACAAAGGGUAGGAUCAUCUUUAUGGGUUUUGUUGAUGGAUCACAUUUUGUUAGUCUGCACAUGGAACCCAAUGCGCCAAUCGCUCCAUACCCGAGUGUGGACGUGAAUGGUUAA